CCAGAGUUGGCCCUGGGUCUGUUUGUUCCUCCGUUAUCCAGCACCGCCGCUCGUUAGACGGCCGCAUAUUACUGAUUGACUGAUGUACUCCGAUGUUAGCAAAAGGAUGGCUUUCUGGAUCUUCUUCCUUCUUAGAACAUGAAAUUUCUGAUAUUUCUUGUUUGUGCAUUUUUGGCUCUCCCUGGUUCUGUUUUUGUGCUGUUAGAAACAGGCCGAAACGCGUCUGUAUGUUCUUUGUUUUCUGAUUCGUAUACAUGUCAAGGCGUAGAACCGACAACAAAAUGACCGAUUACAAAACAUAAAUGACGGAAAUUAUUACCAAAAGUAUUGAUGAAGUUGAAGUCUUCUGGUCUAUCUUUGCAUGGUCUAGAAGCAUUACAAUUAUUGAGAAGAUAGAUUGAAAGUUUGCUAGCAUGAAGGAUGAAGGAUGAAGUUAGUUGAUUUAUUUGAAGUGUAUUCUUUGCCUGACUCUCCUCCCUCUUAGGGGUGAGGCAUGCAAGGUUCAAGCCGAUGUCCGCUUCUCCUAUGAGGCUUUUGACUUCGUUGUGGCAUCCCGCUGGACGAUCUUAGUGUAGUACGGAAUUCAGGGCUUCCCGGUAUUCCUUUCGGUUCCUCACACAUGCGGGGGGAGCCACCAAUUUGGGGGAGGUCUCUCUUUCAGCGUCCUCAACCUCAUAUGGUUUGGCAAUUCUCUCUCUCGUUGGUUCACAAGUUCUACUUUUUUGUGGAUCCUUGACCUUGUCACAUCGAUUCAUCCAGCCGGUAGAUGCGAUGUGUCUAUCAAGGAUGCACAGAGUAGAAGUCAGCCAGCAGUCUGCUAUGACCACGGGGACGUAUGCGUAUCAAAUAUGUAUGAAUUGGUUUUUUUUACUAUCGGACUUUAUAAAGCACGUCGUGGUAGAUUUGAUACGAGCAUGCGCUUUCCCAACCGGAAAAGCGAUGUUGCCGCACGCGAUGCACUGACUGAUUGAUUGCUAUUCAGCAUUUCGAUGUUUAUGAUUAACAAGGUGAAUCUGUGUAUUAGCACCAGCAGGAUUUGUUCUUUUCGUUGUCUGUGAGUGGUCGUCCUCGUCGUCCGCCGAACUAACAUGUGGUGAGAAUUCACUACUACAGCAAAAAAAUGAAAGAUUGCCCUCAGAUGGAACAACCCAUCAGACCAGCAUCAACAGUGAGCCCGACGAUCCUCCCUCGGAGGGACAUGCUGUAGUCUUCCGUGUUCGCGACGUCACUGUGCAAUAUGGAAGAUACGGAAGGGCCCUGCUCUACCAACUUGCUGAACAAAACGGACAAGUCGUCCUCCUCUUGCUGGAUAUGAUGAUCACAAAAUAAGAAUACUUUGUCGAUACAUCCGGCAAACUCCAGGCACAAGCUGAUACGAUGAUAAGGUUAACAAGUCAUCUUCAACGGCGAUCACAUCAUUAGUCGUGGCUGAAUCUUAAAUCACACAAAAGUUCGCUAUAGCAAGCGAUUGAUUACUACAUCUUGAGUUCAUGUUUCAGGAAUGGGCGGUGGAGAAACGACCGCUUGUGAGCCUCGAACAGCUUGUGAGCCUGAAGAAUUGAUAUCGUGUAGCUUGACUUAAUAUGAUCCAGAUCUUCACCUUCAUUGCCGCUAUGUUGAAUCUGCCAACCCUCUCAUGCACGACGACGACCCCGUCGUUCGAUCCAUAUCUUUGUGACAAUCAUCAUCAUCAUCAUCAUCAUCAUCAACUCGGGAGGGGAAUCGAUAAUCCAAUACCCUCAACAUCGUUGAACUGCAAGAAGAUGUCUCUACUUGCUUUUUUGCUUGUUUUUCCAGUGGAGUGUUUCAAUUACUUCGACCAGCUUUAUUGUAACUAAGAAAAUGAUCGAUAAUCAGUACCAGAUGAUUGUACUAAGUACUUCAUUGUUUAUUUGUUGCAGCAGCAGCACUGUCAUAAUUUAGCUUCCAUCAGACCAUUACAGCUAAUUCUGCGUACUAUUUCGUCUGUGAGGACGUAGGGAACAAGCAACAUCACAGUCUUCAGAUUGAAGUAGUGUAGUGGUUACGUAGUUGUUAACGCUUAUCGUAAAGUCUAAGUGUGCAAUAAAAAGAUGAGUCGUGGUCGGUCUCGUGCUUCGCGGGGUCGGUCUCGCAGCCGCGACAGAGCUACAAACCAGAUCGGUGCAGCAUCAAAGCAAAUACAGGUGAGCAAUGCGGACGCAGCGUUCAUUCUCGGCAAGCACGGAAAGACCAAGGUAUUAUUUUUUGCUGCUAGUUAUCGGAAGAGAUUGAUGCUGAGAUGUAUGAACCUGUUGCAGAACGAAAGCCAGAAAGUAGCGGGCACGGAAUAAAGAUACGCAAGAAUGAAUCAAACAAGCACCAGGAAAAAUGUGGAAUCAUGAUCCUCCAAGAAUCCAUCCCUUCAUUAUACUCGUACUCCCUUAACAACUCUCCCGUAACCAAGCAGACAAGUAGACAUGAUCAGGAACAACUUAAAUUUCAACAAAGGUGAAAAUUGCACGGGCAUCCGGUGCCGAAAGCUUGAACUUGGACGACCUAAAGCUCGAAGCACAUGGAACAAAUGAGGCGGUAGACAGGGCAAUAAAAUACGCAAAUUUCCUUAUGGCACAACGGCUAGGUACACUUCUUCAGACACUUUUUACUGAUAUCAUUAUCUUCUUACUGCAGGUGCAACCAUGUCGUUGCCCUGCAGGAGGAAAGACUUUGUUGCUUCCUAAGAGAUUGAAAAUAUUUUGCUCACCGAUUUUGUUUUUGUUGAUACAAGUACAGGGUUGAUAAUGUUGUCUAGUAUUCUUCAUUUGUUGAUUCCUCCGCGCCGUCCGCUGACUUCAUUUCUUGGAGGUACAACCAAAAACACAGGUCCUGUGACUGUGAGUGGCGACAAGGAUAACACAGGAGAUUUGACUCUAUUGGAGGUGCCAAACGACGCCGUUGGUUUCGUCACGGGUCGAGGCGGAAAUUUUUUGCGUGCCAUCGAGGAAGAAUGGUCAGUCCUUAUGUUCUUCGCAGAAUAUGAGAAAAAGUCGAAGUCCGGACGCGAGUCUGAUGUGGAGAUGCUCGCGAUCUUCGGGGCGGACCGACGAAACCGAAGGGGAGCAGAGCUCAAGGUCCUCUCAGCUGUCGAGAGUAAACAUACUGGUUGGUACAAUUAUGGAACAAGACAAGACAAAAAAUUGAAAUAUUAUCACAAGAACCUUCCUCGCUGCCUUCUCGAUGUAGUAGAACAAGUACCAGAUGAUGAAUUCUCUCGAUGUUGAUUAACAUUAAGUACCAUUAAAGCUAGCACAGAUGGUGGUGGUCUUCUGACAUUCUACUUACUAGAGCGUGAGAAGCACCACUGCUCCAUGAAGACAUUUUUUUAUUGACUAUAUGAUUCCACUUUUUAGUAGUUUCGGAUCACUACUUGAGACGCUUGAGACAUCUUUAUGAUAAAUAAGCAGCAAGUAUGAGUAGCAAAACAUCCUGACCUGCGGAACAAGGGUUCUUUCUAAGUGAAGCUACAUGAGAAGGAAAUUUUGGACCGAGACAAGGAGGGCGAUGAAUGGAAGAGUGGCACUAUGGAGUUCGAAGAUGAUCACCAACUAUCCUUCGCAUUGGGGAAACAAGGAGCAACACGCCGAAAACUCGAAAAAGCAAGUGGAUGCAUCCUCCAAUAUGUCGGAAAUACCGCAAUAUUUACAGGUAUUUUCUCACAGUACUAGGCUUGAAGAAGUAUGAGAGGCCCUGCUGUAAACAUUUUCAUUUUUCAUGCCUUUUAAAAGCAAAACUAGAAGUUUAGAAAGAUAGAGUGACUUUCAUUAUUUAUCAACAGACCUCAUGAUCUACAGGGAUAGUAGUAUCUUGAUAUUUGAUCAACAGACUUAUUUUUCCGCAUGCCACUCGCACUCCAAUAUAUCCUAGGGACCAAGCAUCAACGGAAAACGCUAAGGCAAUAUAUGAAGUGGCUCUUUGCACAGUUGGACGGGCCAGUGGAUGUGCCAGACGCUGAAGAACGGGAUGACUGCACGAUGCUCAAAAUCCCACAGGUAACUAGUACUAGUAUUACGAUUCACGCAAGUUGUACUAGGGAAACUCGUACCUGCUUUAUGAUGCGUGGUGUCUCUAUCGUACUGAUUGAAUGGUGUUGCACCAGUCAGUAUGGUCCAGUUGAAAGUUGUUCUUUCAUGGUACUUCUCUGAGUUCUAAGUAACAAGGAUCUACAUUUGAACAGGAAUGCGUCGGCUACAUCACUGGCGCACGUCGCGCGGCUCUUUCAACUAUUGAGAUGGACUUUGGUUGUCUUAUGUUUUUCACCGGUAGCAAAGACGACAAGAGGGACUUCGAAAUGCUUGCAAUAUUUGGUCCGGAGUCCGCUCGAAAAGGCGCGGAAUUGAAAGUAAAGUCCUCAGUCGAAGCGAAGUCGCGAGGAUACUAUGCAGGCUCCUUGCGGGAAAACAAGGAAGAUUAUGGCGAAAUCAAGAUUGGAACUUUUUAGAUAGAAGUUGUAUCUAGACAGUAAACUCCUAGACUAAGAUUAUAUCAAAAUUUGAAUCAUACGGGCAUGUCGAUGCACUAAAAAUACCCUUAGCAGACGUAAAUCAAAGCGAAAUCUGAAGAACAUCUUCUAUGUCUAUCUAAUAGUGUUCGUCCAUCAAAGCUCUGAUUUUCGUAGUUUCUCUUUCGCCUUCCUACUUCUAUCUUCUAACAUCGAUGGGGCCGCCCAGGCUUCGCAACUGAUGUCUUGCGCUUGGUAGAUAACGAUAUCGGAUACGUGCUCGGGAAAGGUGGCGUAACACGCGUCAAGUUGGCCAACGCUAGUGGUUGCCAUUUGCAGGUACACACGACUACGACUAGAUUUGGUGUUUUCAAUGAUUUGAAUGGUAUAGAAGACCGCUUGUUGAUGUCGUUCUUCUACCAGCUCCUAUCUCCUUGAUACAAUUUUUGGUGACCACAGGUGACUUAGAACUACUCAGGACGAGAUUAUAUUUUGCUCGCUCGAAGUUGAGAAAGUGCGUCACGUCCUUUCUCAAGAAAUGAUUUCGAUUUCUUUAUAUACACAGACAACUAAUUUUUUACAUUCACACAUUCAUCAGUACAUUGGUGACUUCGCGUGCAUCGCGGGUACACAGGAAGAGCGAAGAAACUGCCGCGACUAUAUCCAUUGGCUCUUGGACCAGAGGAAUGGGAAGAUUGACGUCGACUCACGAGGACGAAACGAUAUAUUGGAGAUGACCGUUCCGGAGGAGUGCAUCGGCUGGGUCACGGGUAAGCAGGGUGUAGAACUCCGAAAGAUCGAGGAAAAAACCAAAACUUUCUGUUUUUUGGCACGAGAUCCCUCAAGAAACGGCCACGAACGACUACUCAUUUGCGGCACCUUCGAAGGGACGCGAGCAGAAGAAAUUGGUGAGACGGGUUUGAAAAAAAAUAUAUAGAUUAUUAAAGAUCAUUCUACUUACUAGUUGCUCUCGCUUAACCAAUUAUAAGCAAAGCACGACCAUGAACGUUUUGAUCCACUCGCUCUUGUUUACCUUUCUGUAAAUUCUGGAAUUUGUAGGUCGCGCGGGCGCACAAAGGCUGGUUGAGGACUUAGUAAGGGAAAAGCGCGAGCUCGACGCUAACAGGCAGCACCACGGCGGUGGGCGUUUUGGCGGUGGUUAUGGCGGUCCCCCACCGAGACGUGGAGAUAGCCGCAGACGGGGUGGUGGCCGCGGAGACUCCCGAAAUGCAUUCCGUGGUGGUGGUCGCCCUGACUCUCGGCGACGUGGCGGUGGCGGUGGACGAGGAGGCGGUCGCCGUGAAAGCCGCGGCCGUGGAGGUGGACGCGGUGGAGGCCGUUUCUAGCCAGGUCGUGGUGGGUGAUGCAUCUAUUCUGAGAUCGAUGCAGAUGAAUGUGACUGGUUGUGGUUCAAGAUCAUCAGAUACAAAAGAAUAUAUAUAUUGAGUUUGUCGUUCGUUGUCUCAUCACCUUUGUGUCCGUUAUACUAGGGAACUGUACUAGAUGAUCUGAUUUUCAGAUAUAGUCGUUGAGACUUGUGCUUUGGUCGGCCCUUAGCCUCUGUUAUGAAAGUAUGCUCGAUGAUGUAGGAAGAAAUCCAAAAGUACCGACACACACAACUUGCCGCCUGGUGACCUUCUCCCCUAUGCCUAAACAGAGUUAGUAUUAUAGCCGUAACAAGCAUAAGCCUCCAGUGGUCGCGCAUCCACCUGCCCCCGUACUCAAUGCAGAGUACGUAGGUACGCUGCGAGUCCACUGCUCUUCUGAACCUAGAUCAUGCCCAAGUACACUUAAUGACAAUUUCACGCUACAGUACACCUACACGUAGUAAGGUACGCAAUAAAUAUCACAAAUAUCUUGUUCUUGCGCAUCGUCAAUGAAUUUCUUUCGCAUUCGCUGACAAGUAAAAGAUAACGAUAGCGAUUUGGAGCCUUGCUCGUUUUCAUCUCACUUCUCACACUUUUUGAAAAUGGUUUUUAGACUGAAGAGAUGGCGUAAAAUGUAAUUGUACUGCAAAGCAAAGACAACUCCAUUUUUCAGAAUACCAACCCAUGUUGAAAUUGAAAAAGAAGCCAAUGUCAUCGAAGAGAUGGGGAAAACGAAGAAUAUGAUGAUCGUAGAGCACCGCUCUGGUAUGUCUACAACACGUGUAAAUCCUAGGAGAGCUUCAGUACUUCUGCGACUGCCGCAACAACGGUUUCGCUGUGUUCAU